CCUUUCUGACGUCACUAGAAGUUGUGUUGACAGCUAGCACAGAUACCCCGAUGCUAGUUGGUCUUGCGUCAAGGCAAAUCCCUCACCGACAGACACUGAUGGUUUUCCCCGUCCGUUGGCCAUCUUUCAUUCAUGUGGAGUUUACUACAAGUGUGAGACAUGCAGGACAGGUUUAGUGAUCUAGGUUUUGCCCAGCAAAUACACGGUUUGAAUUUUGUGCCGAGAAAAAAUGGUACAUACCGAGGAAACGACACAUCUCUCAGCGACUUCUCAGAGAUGUGGUAUGGAGUGUUUCUGUGGGCGGCCGUCUCCUCUCUGGUCUUCCACCUACCUGCUGCUCUGCUCUCCCUUGCUACACUGCGACAGCACAAGAUGGCUCGCUUCAUGCCCCUUGCCAUCCUACUAAUGGGCAUUGUUGGACCAAUCUUUGGGGGAGUCCUGACCAGUGCAGCCAUAGCAGGAGUGUACAAAGCAGCGGGGAAGAAGAUGAUCUCUCUGGAGGCUCUUGUAUUCGGUGUCGGACAGUCGUUUUGUGUCCUGGUCAUCUCCUUCCUCAGGGUACUUGCCACCCUUUAGCAGCACGGAGGCCAGCCUGUCUGGCUCAGAUCCUGCCAGCUCAGUCUGACAGCAGUUGCACCUUCUCCCGAACAUGACCUGAGUUUAUCAUGGUAACAAGACUUGAUUCCUGUCAAACCCUGGGAAAGAUGGAAACCAGUCAGGCCAGGACAUGAUGUCAUUUCCAACUCAUGGAUGAGGACCAGACAAGACUUUUCACACUUGUUGUGUAAGCAGCACUAAGCCUUCUGACAUUAUGAUGUCCACUGCAGGACAGCACAAUGCUGCGUUCACAUCACUGCUUAAAACGAUGUCCUCAGUUGAUUCCAAAGUGAAGAAAAAACGUGAAUAGUCAUGAUUUAAUAACGUUCCCUGAUGUGAAGGCAGCAGGACGCUGUGGUUACAGGUUAGCAGCAGGAUGACACUAACCUUUCUCAGGGGAUCUGUGUGUUUGUGUGUUUUUGUCUCUGUCACUGAUGGUUCGACUCCAUGCAAUGACUGCAGAGAGACAGAAAACAGGAGGAUGAUGGUUUUAUGCAAGAAUCUGGCUGUUUCCCUUGGAGGCCUUAAUUUCUAUUUUCUAACUUCCAAAGUGGUUUUUAUCUUCAGGGCUGUCUCUUGCUGCUCUUUUUGUUCUUCCUCGUUUUUUUUAGUUCAAAUGAGUUAAAGUCCAACUGCCUGUGUGUUUUUUUUAAAAUUCCAAAUUAGUUUGAAGCACCUGAAACACGUUCCCUUCAAGCUUUAUGAGGACACGACUAAGGAGGGGUUUGCAGACGUAGAUGUAGGUUUUAGAGAACGUUUUAUGUUUUCUUUCUCAUCUCUUGUUUGUUUCUGAGCAGAUCAGAGGAUUGAACACUGGGCAUCAAUGUGCUACGAUUACUGAACAAACCCAAAUACGGGAACCUUUGAUUUUUUUAAAAAUCUCUAUGAAUGAUAGUUUGUUUUACUGAUGUGUCAUGAUGUGACAUUUGUAUAUAUUCUAAAUUAUUUCCAGGUCUUUGUAGCUUUUUUAUCUUUAAGACCAAACAUGAACUUCUUUUUGAUUUUUCUGCGCACAAUGUGGAAACAAUGUUUGAACAGAAGUGCACUCCCUCAUUGUUUUUAUGGGCUCAUCAAAUUCUUCAGUCUUCUCUGGCUGAAUUAGUUUAGUUGCUUUUGGUGAUUGACAAGUGCUUUUAAUUAGUUUCUGAUGGGAAACUUGCAUAUAUAUAUUUUUAAAUGUUAAAACUCCUUAUUGUUUGCAGGAGUCACCAUUAAGUUUUGAUUUUAUUUCUUUUUAACUUUGACACGGUAAAAAGCUGCCUCGGUUUCAUUACAAACAACAUGAAAUAAUUCUGCCAUCAGCCUGACAUGAUUCAGCUCCAUUCACGCUGGUUUUUGUUCGGACAGUUUCCUCUUUAUUGUCAGAGUUAGAUCCACUUUCAGGAGGUCCAGGGGCAGCAGUAAGCUCUGAAACCCAGGAUUCCCCAAGUUUUGAGCUUAAAUAUUACCCCUGUCACUCUAAUAUCACAAGAAGUCAAAUUAAAAAGGUGACACAAAGUUCUUUAACAAGAAGGGGCUUUGAAUUUAGAUUGAAUUAAAAUCAGCCUCUAUACUUGAAAUGAGAUCCCUGUAUUUUUACUACUUACAUGUUUAAUAUUUUGGGGUCUAUCAGGUACAACAAUUUUUGAAAGGCUCAAUUCAAUUCGAAGGCUUAAGUUUGCAGCACCUUAAUUUGGUCUAAUGACAGCAAAGUAAUACCUGUAAUCUGCCCAAUUAGCCACUGAAACAAAGUGCUUGUUUUCAGCACCGACACUCUUGGUAUCCGAAAGCAGAGCAGAAAGGAUCCCAACAGAAACAAGGCUUUUAAUUCUUUUUAAAUCAGACAAAGCUGCACUCUCUUUUUAAAGCUACAGGACUGAGGACACAGGUUGAUUGUCUCCCCUGCUUCCAUCAGUGAGAGUUUUUUUCUGUCAGUGUUUAUUUCAUAAAUGCUGUGUUAAUCAGAGCCUUUGUAUAUUGGUUAAUUUGUUUGUAUUGUGUGACUUUAAGCAAACACAAUAUUUAUGUCAUCUAUCCAAUCAGCUGGGGACCAACAACUCCUGCUCUCUCAGCCCAAAUCCUUGCUUCUUGCUGAAGCAUUAUACUGGAGACAUUUUAGACACAUUUUUUCUACCUAAAAGACAUUUUAACUCAAAAUAUAUCUGGGCCAAGCUUUUCCUAUCUACCACACAUUUUAAUGCUGAAUUGAGCGUUAAUAACUUUUCUUGGAGUUUUUUUUAAAAUUUGGUUUCUACCCGACAUUCCAACUACAAUAUUUUCCUUUAUGUUUCUCCCUCCACUGUAAUACUCACACACUAUGAUAGUGCCCCAACAUGACCAGAUAUGCCUGCAACCCUGAAUGCAUUGAAGUCUCUUUAUCACCCUCUGAGCUGCAGCUUCAUCUUCAUUCAUUUGUCAGUGAAACCAGUUUCCUGGAAGCUGGUGGGCCAGUAAAUGUUAAAUGUGUUAAUAUUCACAGCACACAUGUAAUCUGAACUCACUGUUUUUUUCCUCAUAAUCCCUGUGAAGAAUUUAUCUAACCCUCCAAACCAAAGAUGGCUUGAAUUCUUCUUUGUGUACUCCACAAGCUACACUUCAGUUGUGUAACAUCUAUAGCAAUUCUCUCUAAAGCGUUUGUAAAUAUGCAACAAAUCUGAUCGAAGCUUGAAUGUCCAGUUGUAGGCUUAGAUGAAGACGGGAAUUAAAAUGUAUACAAAGAGGGAAGGUCACGUUCAUACUGUAAUGAGUUGACUUUGAUGAGAGCGUACACAGAUUGUAAACAAAGUGUACACAAGUUCGGCACCCACUCCUUGUAGACACAUUUUAACUGUGAGUCGACUUUUGAAGCCUCCAGAUAUAAUCCCUCACCAAACUACUGCAUCCAAUCAAAACCAGAGCUCUCUGGAUUAAUCGAUUUAUUGUUUGGGCUUUAAAGUGGUUAGAGAUGUUGAGAGGUGUUUUGAAAAAAUACGUCAGCAGAGAAAUUAUUAUCUAAUAAAUCAAAUCUUACAGAUUACCAGAAUAGUUCACAAUGAAUAUAAAGCUUGCUCACUAGCGGAUGAAUCAUUGGAGCUUUAAUGUCAGUGAACAUUUCAGUUUUCUUCAGUGUAAAAAUUCAGUGUGUGGCAUUGCACUGUGCAUAUAUGUUGUGAGGUGUACUUAUUUAAGCAGACAUAAAUGAAAGUAUACAUAUAUGUUUGAUGAUGCGGUGGAAAAUCAGCAUCUCAUUGAAUUGCAGUCUGGCUGUCGCUGAAACAAAUGAGCCUUGUUUGGAUGAACUGUUGUCGAGCCCUCAGCCUUGCUUUUAUGCUGUACAAUUUGGAGAAUGUUUAUUUUUUUAUGGUUGUGUAAUUUCACUGUUUGUGUGUGCUCUCUGGUUCUGGUACAGCAGCACUUACUUUUAACACCUUGGCAUUGAUUAUUUAUUUGUUUAAUUUUUUAAUCCAUGUGUUAAUUUAACUAAUUUAGCCCUGAUACACAGUUGAAAACAAAACGAUUAGAUUUCUGAGCUUUCAGCACUUUUAUUUCUUUGACUUUGUGGAAUCAGUUCAUUACCCUGGCCCUUGUUAAAAACGAUUAAAUCAUUCCCAUGUUCUUGGGUAAUCAUUGGGUAUUAUUUCUUAAUUGUAUUUGUUAGAGACACCUUUAAAUGCUUAAACACACAGACUGGACUGUUCAGGACAAACCCUUUACAUGGGAUUGUAUUGUGUUCUUGGAGCCACUGAGCAGAUUAGUGUUAACUGUAGUUACGUGUUGAUUCACAAAAAUGCUAAUCUGAACUAAAAAAAAGAGUAAAGGUUAAGGAAAGUAGCUGCACGUGCCUGCUACGGUGAAAUCCAGCAGUUCAGUUGAAUUAGUUUUCUAAAGUUAAGCUUGAGUGGACUUACUUGUUAAUGAUUGACCCAAAUGAGAUACUGUUUUGAGAGGUGUAAACAACCAAACUAAUCAAACUGUUUCUACAAUUUGGACAUUUGUAGAGAUGAUCUCCAUAGAUUUUGAAAUACAACUAGAUCAUAACGGGAAAAGUCGUUCUUACAAAUUUAACUUUCUAUCACAAACAGGAUUUUUCAUGAGAAUUUGCAUCAGUUUUACAUUUCUGUCUAUUUCUCAGGCAGAAAUGAGCCUUCAUUUAUGACCAGUACAAACAUCGGUCUGAUUUCAAUGCAGACAUGUCAGAUUUAUUAUCCUCUCUGGUGGACUGCCACACAAGCAGCAGGCAAAGUAAAUAUCAGUAGAAACCCAAAUGUCAAGGUGAUCAGAUGAUCUGCUGUAACAGAACCGUUUGGUUUGGUCCAACGUUCCUGGACUGAUUUUGUUUAUUUUUCAUGGUUAAAAAUCAUUUAAAUGUUGAUUUUAACAGAGUAAAUUAAGUGCCAAUGGUUAAUAUUUUCAUGGAAUAAAAAUGUUUCAACUAUA